CCCCCCACCCCCACUCUCACACACACACACAGACACACACACACACACACUCCCUCUCAUACACAAACAUGCGUAUACGGUUGCUCCAGUGCAGCCGCUGAAGCUGAUUUUCCCCGUCUCUCUCUCUCUCUCUCCCUCUCUCCCUUUCUCUUUUUCACCUACAGACAUACACAGAUCCAUCCACCCAUCCAUCCAGACGUAUGCGAUUGCUCCCGUGCAGCCGUUGAAGCUGAUUUUUCCCGUCUCUCUCUCUCUCGCAUACACACAUAAAUCCAUAUAUAUACACACACAUACGGUUGCUCCUGUGCAGCCGCUGAAGCUGAUUUUCCCUGUCUGUCUCUCUCUCUCUUUUUCAUGUACAUACACAGAUACAUACAUAGAUACAUACAUACAUAGAUACAUACAUACAUAGAUACAAACAUACGCGAUCGCUCCUGUGCCACCGUUGAAGCUGAUUUUCCGGACCUCUCCUCUCUUCUCCUCCUCCUCCUCCUCCUCCUCUUCUCCAGGCUCGGGGCGGGACGCCCCCGUCACCCCCUUUCCCCUCCCCGCAGGUCCCCAGGCCACGAUGAACCCCGGAGUUCCCGGCCAGCCGCCGGGGUCGGGGUCGGGGUCGGGGUCCGGGGGGAAAGGCCCGUCGGGAGCCGGCCUUCCCACCCCGGUCGUCGGAGCCCCAAAGGAGCCCGGAGGGAGGCCGCAGUGGGAGGAGGCCCGGACUUUCUAUGACAGCCUCACCCCCAAGAAGAAGCCCAAAUCACCAAAACCUCAGAAUGCCAUCACCAUUGCCGUGUCCUCCCGGGCCCUGUUCCGCAUGGAGGAGGAGCAGAAGAUCUACACCGAGCGGGGCGUGGAAGACUAUGUGAAGUAUCAGCUGGACCACGAGAACGAGCCCCUCCGGCCGGGGGCCGCCUUCCCCUUCGUCAAGGCCCUGGAGGCUGUGAACACCCGACUGCGGGAACUGUACCCAGACAGCGAGGACCUCUUCGACAUCGUCCUCAUGACCAACAACCACGCCCAGGUCGGCGUCCGCCUCAUCAACAGCAUCAACCAUUACAACCUGUUCAUCGAGAGGUUCUGCAUGACCGGAGGCAACAGCCCCAUCUGCUACCUGAAGGCCUACCACACCAAUCUGUACCUCUCCUCCGAUGCUGAGAAAGUGAGUGAGGCCAUUGAAGAGGGCAUAGCAGCGGCCACCAUCUUCAACCCCAGCAAGGACGUGGAGGUGUCGGAGAGUCAGCUCCGGGUGGCCUUUGACGGGGACGCCGUCCUCUUCUCAGACGAAUCGGAGCAGAUUGUCAAGGCCCACGGGCUGGACAUGUUUUUUGAACACGAGAAAGCUUAUGAAAACAAGCCACUUGCUCAGGGCCCGCUCAAGGGUUUCCUGGAGGCCCUGGGGAAGCUGCAGAAGAAGUUCUACUCCAAGGGCCUGCGGCUGGAGUGCCCGAUCCGGACCUACCUGGUGACGGCCCGCAGCGCGGCCAGCUCGGGAGCCCGGGCCCUCAAGACCCUGCGCAGCUGGGGGCUGGAGACGGACGAGGCCCUCUUCCUUGCCGGUGCCCCCAAGGGGCCCCUCCUGGAGAAGAUCCGCCCCCACAUCUUCUUCGACGACCAGAUGUUCCACGUGGCCGGGGCCCAGGAGAUGGGCACCGUGGCCGCCCACGUCCCCUACGGCGUAGCCCAGAAGUCCAAACGGACUGUGCCGGACAGACAGGCCCAGGGGGCCAAGUAGAUCCGGGGCUCUGCUCCUGAGGACACGUCCGGGCAGGGGGGAGGGCAGAAGGGGAUGGGCGGCACCCCUGAUCCUGCUGUGUCUGCUGGGGCCCGGGGUUGGGGGAAGGUCAAUCAGUCAAUGGUAUUGGCUGAGUACACUGUGUGCAGAGCACUGUACUGAGCG